UCCUUCGGCGGGCUGAGCCGCCCCUCUCUCCCGCCCCUCCUCCUCUCUUUCCCACCCCUAGAAGUGAAGCAGCACAUGCGGCUGCUCCUUGCACUGUCCCGCCCAGCCACCGUCGCACAGGAACGGGUCCCUACAGCCCCCAGCCGAUGGCAGGACAGUAGCCGCCUGUCAGGGGUCGUGAACGGCUGAAGCAGACGCGACGGCUUCCCGGCCUCAGAGUGUGUGUGUGUCUCCGAAGGCCAUGGGCUACCCAGAGGUAGAGCGCAGGGAACCGCCGAGCGAGCAGGGAAGCCAGGGCUGCGGCUGUCGCGGGGCCCCUGCCCGGGCAAGCGAAGGGAACAGCUGCGGGCUCUUCCUGGGUUUCUUUGGUUUCUCUCUGGCGCUCCACCUGCUGACGUUGUGCUGCUACCUAGAGUUGCGCUCCGAGUUGCGGCGGGAAAGGGGAGCCGAGUCCCGCCUUGGCGGCCCCAGCGUCCCUGGCACCUCUGGCACUCUGAGCAGCCCCAGUGGCCUCGACCCUGACGGUUCCAUCAUCCGCCACCUCGGGAAGUCGUCUCAGCAGCAGCCUCUGGAACCCGGAGAAACCACACUCCCCCUCAACUCCCAGGACGGGCACCAGAUGGCCCUACUGAAUUUCUUCUUCCCUGAAGAAAAAUCAUAUUCUGAACAGGAAAGUAAGAGUGUUCGCCGCAAUAAAAGAAGCAAAAGCAGUGAAGGAGCAGAUGGUCCAGUUAAAAACAAGAAGAAGGGAAAGAAGGCAGGGCCUCCUGGGCCCAACGGCCCCCCAGGACCCCCAGGACCUCCAGGACCCCAGGGACCCCCUGGGAUUCCAGGGAUUCCUGGAAUUCCAGGAACAACUGUCAUGGGACCACCUGGUCCUCCCGGUCCUCCUGGUCCUCAAGGACCCCCUGGUCUCCAGGGACCUUCUGGUGCUGCUGAUAAAGCUGGAACUCGAGAAAACCAGCCAGCUGUGGUACAUCUACAGGGCCAAGGGUCAGCAAUUCAAGUCAAGAAUGAUCUUUCAGGUGGAGUGCUCAAUGACUGGUCUCGCAUCACUAUGAACCCCAAGGUGUUUAAGCUACAUCCCCGCAGCGGGGAGCUGGAGGUACUGGUGGACGGCACCUACUUCAUCUAUAGUCAGGUAGAAGUAUACUACAUCAACUUCACUGACUUUGCCAGCUAUGAAGUGGUGGUGGACGAGAAGCCCUUCCUUCAGUGCACACGCAGCAUCGAGACAGGAAAGACCAACUACAACACUUGCUAUACCGCUGGUGUCUGCCUCCUCAAAGCCCGGCAGAAGAUCGCAGUGAAGAUGGUGCAUGCUGACAUCUCGAUCAAUAUGAGCAAGCAUACCACCUUCUUUGGGGCCAUCAGGCUGGGCGAGGCCCCUGCCUCCUAGAUUCCCUCUGUUAUGCCCCUGCCCAUGCCCCGGACCCAGGUUUGGGAGCCGGGACUCCCAGAGCCUCUGAGUGCUGCUGUGGAGUGAGGUAUAUUGGUGUUGCAGCCACAGAGAGAAAUGCCCCAGUGCUAUUUAUUCCCCAAUGACUUCAGGAUGAUAA